GUAGUACUAUUUGACUGCGCUUCUAUUUGGGGGGAGCGCGUGACAGGACGCGCGCGUCUCACGCGGAUUCUGAGACUGGCGCGACCGCAAAUGGUGCUUCAUUAUGUUCCAACUACACCAGAAGAGGAGGAGCUGGCGCUAGCCCUAGCAAUAUCGGCGAGCUUGAGUGCAAACAAGGGCGGAGCUGCUGCUUCGCGCCCGGCGCCGGGGGCCGCUAACAAGAGCUCGUCCAGGCCCCCCAGCUUUACGAACGGCGCCGCUCGCGCCAGUGCCAGCUCGGGAGCGUCAACAUCCAGCUCGCAGCCCCCGGCCCUGUCACCACUGCUGGGGCCCGGGUCAGCCUCAGCCUACCCAACUGUGCCUGCAAUAGGCUCGCCGACCCACCACGGGCCCAGGUCCCCUGCACGUUCGGGCGUCCCGCCGCCGCAGACCUCCUCGCCGCUGCUUCCACAGCGCCCGGCUGCGGGCCCCAGCUACCCUAGCUACUAUCCCCAUGUGCCCGCCAUCCACACACAGCCGCCGUCUUACCCUAACCACCAUCCGCCGCCACCGGCCCAGCCGCCGCAGCAGCAGCAUUACGCGGGCCUCCGGUCAGGCCACAUCCAGGCCCCGGGCGCAGCAGGAGGGGCCUCAGGGGCCUCAGCCGCGAAGCCUAGCAGCAGCAGCAGCAGCAGCGCCCAGCCGCCAGCGGUGCCUGCACGGCGGCGGUGGGACCUGCCGCCAGGACCUCCGCCUCAUGGCCCCGGCGCCGCAGGAGCGGGAGGAAGCGCUGGCGCCGGCGCGGCCGCAGGAGCAGCCCCGCCGCAGCCGCGGCGGCGGUGGGACCUGGGCGGGGUGGGCGGCAGUGCCGGCUCCGCGCCUGCGUCGCCCAAAGGCGCGGCGGCGGGCGUCGCCAGCUCCGGCGGCUCGUUCUCGAGCCGGCACGGCUCGCCGUCCAGGGCUGCUGCGGCGGCGGCUGUGCGGCAGAGCUACCCCACGGCCGCCGGGCCCUCAUCUUCCUCCCACCAGCCACCAGCGCAGCUGCGGCCGCUGCCACCUAUUGGCCGCAGCAAGAGCGCCACCGGCCCCAAUGGGUUGAUGGGGGUUGGUGCCGCCGCAGGCGGCGGCGGCGGCGGCUUCGCCUCUGGCGGCGCCGCGGCGGCCGGCCAGCGGCCGGCGUUGCCGCCGCCGCCCCCACUGUUCAGUGACCCAGAUGCGUGCGCGGGCUGCGGCAAGGGCUUUGGUGGUGGCGGGCUGUUUGGGGCGGUGCUGGGACUGGGCGGUGGCAGCGGCUACGUGACCGGCAUGAACCGCAAAUGGCACCCGGACUGUUUCAAGUGCGGCUUCUGUGCCGAGCCCAUCAGCUCGGGCCGCGGCGCCUUCUCCUACCAGAUGCACCCCGGCGACCCGCGCCCCUACCACACCGACUGCUACAAGCACGUGCACCACCCCGUGUGUGCCGUGUGCGGCACCUUCAUCCCCGCCGGCCCCGACGGCCGCAUCGCCUUCAAGGAGGCGGGCUUCUGGCGCGAGCGAUACUGCCACAGCCACACGGAGGCGGACGUCGUGCGCUGCUGCGCCUGCAGCCGCCUGCAGAAGAAGGGCGAGGAGUGGGCGCCGCUGCCGGACGGGCGGCCGCUGUGCCUGGGCUGCCUGGGCUCUGUGGUGCUGGACACGGCGGACGCCCAGCCACUGUACGGCGAGCUCAUGGACUGGUACCGGGCGGACAUGCGGCUGCCGCACGCGGGGGCCAAGCCGCCGCUGCUGCUUGUGGACGGCCCCACGCUGAACGAGCACGCGGCGCGCGAGGGCCGAGACGACAGCGCCGGCGCCCCCAUGUUCCACGUGCGGGGCCUGUGCGUGGCCACUGUGUACACGUCCAUCCCCUCCAUCCGCCGUGGCAGCGGGGGAGUGCUGCAUACCAUCGCCACCGCCCUGUCCCAGUCCGCCGCCGCCGCGCUGGGCGGCGGCUCCGUGCGCUGCGACGUCAAGUGCAUCCUGCUGCUGUACGGGCUGCCGCGGCUGCUGACCGGCAGCAUCAUGGCGCACGAGCUGAUGCACGCCUGGCUGCGGCAGGCGGGCUGCGUGGGGCUGCCGCUGCGGGUGGAGGAGGGGCUGUGCCAGCUCAUGGCGUGCCUGUGGCUGGACAGGCAGCACGAGCUGCUGGCGGGGAAUCCGGACGAGCAGCGCCUGGCCAGUUUCUUCUCGUACCAGAUCCGUACAGACACCAGCGAGGUGUACGGCGACGGUUUCCGGGACGCCAUGGAGGCGUUCCAGAGCCACGGUCUGACUAACGUGGUCCGCAACGUGCAGCUGUACGGCAGGUUCACGCCGCCGUAAUGGUUGGAUGGGGUGGCGAUGUGUGAGGAGAAGAGGUGUGGGUUGUGUGUUUCUUAUGGCGUAUGUGGCGUAUGUGCGGUGUGGCGGGGGGCAGCUCAGAGCUUGGUUGCACUGGGAGAUGUGAGUUCAGAUGGAGAUGUAUGACGGAUGCGAGUGUGUAAACUCCGUGUGCAGGAUUUUGCAGAGGGCUGUUGGGGCUACAGGGCUUGGGCGUGGUGCUGCUGGGUGUUGGCAGCCAUAGCCCCCGCUCCGCCUACCGAUGUACGAAUUGCUGGCAAAUGCGGUUUGGGUGCACGGCAUGGGGUGCACGCUGCACAUCGGGUCCGGGCAUGGGCAAAUUCAUACAUUCUAUUACAUUCUCGUAGUGCAGCACGGUCUGGCAGGUACGGAGAUAAGUAGGCGCUGAUAUUGCUUGCGCCAACCGAGUCGCUUCCAGCCAGAUUACGGUUGCGUGGAAAGGGCAAAAGCUGAAAUGCUUCAAGCCGGUAUUACGGCUUCCCAACAUGAUACCAACAUGUAAAUGUGGUCAAUC